GGUCCUCGGCGGCCGCCGUCCAGGAGCCGGUGCGAAAGGAGGCCGAGGAGCUGGGGUCGGGGAUCGGACUCGGGAACCCGCCUGGAGAUGGAGUUUGACUGCGAGGGUCUGAGACGGCUGCUGGGCAAGUACAAGUUCAGGGAUCUAACUGUGGAAGAACUAAAGAAUGUAAAUACGUUUUUCCCACAUUUCAGAUAUUCCAUGGACACCUAUGUUUUCAAAGAUAGUUCCCAGAAAGACUUGCUGAAUUUCACUGGUACUGUUCCUGUGAUGUAUCAGGGUAAUACAUAUAACAUACCAAUUCGUUUGUGGAUUUUGGAUUCUCACCCUUUUGCUCCCCCCAUUUGCUUCUUAAAGCCAACUGCAAAUAUGGGAAUCUCAGUUGGAAAACAUGUGGAUGCUCAAGGCAGAAUAUACUUGCCCUACCUCCAAAACUGGAGCCAUCCUAAAUCUGUUGUUGUAGGAUUAAUUAAAGAAAUGAUUGCCAAGUUUCAAGAGGAACUUCCCCUGUAUUCUCUAUCAUCAUCUGAUGAGGCACGGCAGGUGGAUUUGCUAGCCUAUAUUGCAAAAAUCACUGAAGGUAUCUCAGACAUAAAUUCAAAGAACUGGGCAAAUCAUGAGAAUAAAACAGUAAAGAAAAUUACUGUGGUUGGAGGUGGAGAACUGGGAGUUGCCUGCACAUUAGCAAUUUCAGCAAAGGGCAUUGCAGACAGACUUGUCCUCUUAGACCUCUCAGAAGGAACUAAAGGAGGGAUGAUGGACCUUGAGAUCUUCAGCCUACCUAAUGUGGAGAUCAGCAAAGAUUUGACUGCUUCUGCUCAUUCCAAAGUGGUCAUCUUUACCGUUAACUCUUUGGGUAGUUCUCAGUCCUACCUUGAUGUGGUGCAGAGGAAUGUGGAUAUGUUCAGAGCCCUUGUCCCAGCUCUGGGACAUUAUAGUCAACACAGUGUCCUGCUUGUUGCAUCUCAACCAGUGGAGAUCAUGACUUAUGUGACAUGGAAACUGAGUGCAUUUCCUGCAAAUCGAGUAAUUGGAAUUGGAUGCAAUCUGGACUCACAGAGGUUACAGUAUAUUAUUACAAAGGUUUUAAAGGCAGAGACUUCAGGAAAACCAGUGUGGGUUAUUGGUGAGCAGGGAGAAGACAAAGUUACCAAAUGGGGUGGCCAAGAAGAAGUCAUGAGUCAUAACUCUCAGGUGCAGCUGUCCAGCAGAGCCAUGGAACUAUUAAAAGUAAAAGGUCAAAGAUCCUGGUCUGUUGGACUAUCAGUAGCUGACCUAGUUGACAGUCUUAUAAAUGAUAGAAAGAAAGUGCAUUCUGUAUCAACUUUAGCAAAGGGAUAUUAUGAUAUAAAUAGUGAAGUGUUUUUAAGUUUGCCUUGCAUCCUUGGAACCAGUGGGGUAUCUGAAGUCAUCAAAAGCACAGUGCAAGAAGACAGAGUGACUGAGAAGCUCCAGAGCAGCGCCUCCUCACUUCAUGAUCUCCAGCAACAGUUAAAACUUUAAGUCCAAAGUUCACAGCUACUUGGAGGGAAGCGUCAUUUAAUUUUGCCAACAUAUAUAGGGUUGAGGACUUCUGUAUCUUAUUACUUAUCCUUACAAACUGCUUGGUUAAGGGAGAUGGUUUUUUGGUUGGUUUUGUAAUUUGAACUCUUAGGGAGUUAGAUAAGGAGGGGGAAAAUCUGAUUUUCUUUGUCAUUCUUUCUAUAACUACUAGAGGCCCGGUGCACGAAAUUCGUGCACUGGUAGGGUCCCUAGGCC